AAAUUUCUUAUCUCAGUUUCUGUGAUUUUUUCUCUCUUCCUUCGUCUGUAUCAUAAUUCAUCGUCUCCCUGAAAUUGCAAAUUUAAAAAAAAAAAAAAAAAGGCCAGACCUCACUUCAAAAAAGCUUGAGAGAGAAAACUCACGCCACCACUUCAAUAAUUCACUUUUAUAUGUUUCUGAGUCAGUGUCUUUUUAUUAUUGCCAGCUCCCUUUCGACUAUUUUCCUUCAUAAUCCAUCAUCACUCUCACGCACAUAGAGAGAUCUCCACUUCUUCUAUCAGUUAGAAUAGCCGUGAGAAGAAGAAAUUUCCAAGAUGUCUAUCUCUACAAAAUCUUUGGAUCCUGCAUUUCAAGGAGAGGGUCAAAGACUGGGGACUGAAAUCUGGAGAAUUGAGAAUUUCCAACCAGUUCCAUUGCCUAAGUCUGACUAUGGAAAAUUCUACAUGGGAGAUUGUUACAUCAUCUUGCAGACAACACCUGGCAGGGGAGGCACUUAUCUGCACGACAUACAUUUCUGGAUUGGGAAAGAUUCAAGUCAGGAUGAAUCUGGAACGGCAGCUAUUAAAACAGUUGAACUUGAUGUUGUUCUUGGAGGGCGUGCAGUGCAGCAUAGGGAACUUCAAGGACAUGAGUCAGACAAAUUUUUAUCAUAUUUUAAACCUUGUAUUAUACCAUUAGAGGGAGGUGUUGCAUCUGGAUUCAAGAAACCUGAGGAAGAAGAGUUUGAAACACGCCUGUAUGUAUGCAGGGGAAAACGAGUUGUCAGGAUGAAGCAGGUUCCUUUUGCUCGGUCUUCACUAAAUCAUGAUGAUGUGUUUAUCCUGGACACUCAGCAUAAGAUUUAUCAAUUCAAUGGUGCAAAUUCCAAUAUCCAGGAAAGAGCUAAGGCUUUGGAAGUAACUCAGUUUUUAAAGGAAAAGUAUCAUGAAGGGAAGUGUGAUGUCGCAAUUGUUGAUGAUGGGAAAUUAGACACAGAGUCAGACUCGGGUGAAUUCUGGGUUCUCCUUGGUGGUUUUGCUCCAAUUGGCAAGAAAGUUGCUGGAGAAGAUGAUAUUGUUCCAGAGAGCAUUCCCGCACAACUUUACAGCAUUGAAGAUGGUCAAGCUAAGAUUGUAGAGGGUGAACUCUCCAAAUCCUUGUUGGAAAACAAUAAAUGCUAUAUAUUGGAUCGUGGCAAUGAAGUAUUUGUUUGGGUUGGCCGGGUAACUCAAUUGGAGGAGAGAAAAGCAGCUGGUCAAAAAGUUGAGGAAUUUCUUGCUAACCAAAAUAGGCCAAAAUCAACAAGGAUAACCAGGGUAAUACAAGGUUAUGAGACACAUGCAUUUAAGUCAAACUUUGAUUCUUGGCCAUCAGGGUCAGCAACACCUGGUGCUGAGGAGGGCAGAGGGAAAGUAGCAGCCUUGUUGAAGCAGCAAGGUGUUGGUAUCAAAGGCAUGAACAAAAGUACUACUACAAAUGAGGCAGUCCCACCUUUGCUUGAAGGGGGUGGAAAGAUGGAGGUAUGGCGCAUUAACGGCAAAGCCAGGACUGCCUUGCCUAAAGAGGAUGUUGGAAAAUUUUACAGUGGGGACUGCUACAUUGUCCUUUAUACUUAUCACUCAGGUGAUAGGAAAGAAGAUUAUUUUUUGUGCAGUUGGAUUGGAACUGAUAGCAUUGAGGAAGACCAAAUGAUGGCAGCUCAGUUGGCUACUACAAUGUGCAACUCACUGAAGGGAAGACCUGUUCAGGGUCGUAUAUUUCAAGGUAAAGAGCCACCACAGUUUGUUGCACUCUUUCAACCUAUGGUGGUCCUUAAGGGUGGUUUAAGCUCUGGUUACAAAAAGUACUUAGCAGACAAAGGUGUAACAGAUGAAACUUAUACAGCUGAAAAUAUUGCGCUGAUUCGGAUAUCUGGAACUUCUAUUCAUAACAAUAAGGUGGUGCAAGUUGAUGCGGUGGCUACAUCAUUGAACUCUACUGAGUGUUUCCUCCUUCAGUCUGGCUCUUCAACUUUCACUUGGCAUGGAAAUCAAUGUACCUUCGAGCAGCAGCAAUUGGCUGCAAAAGUUGCUGAAUUUCUGAAGCCAGGUGUUUCUCUAAAACAUGCUAAAGAAGGGACAGAGAGCUCUGCUUUCUGGUUUGCACUAGGGGGGAAACAAAGUUACACCAGUAAAAAGAUUUCUCCAGAAGUUGUCAGAGAUCCUCACUUAUUUACAUUUUCAUUUAAUAAAGGAAAGUUUGAGGUUGAGGAAGUUUACAACUUCUCACAAGAUGAUCUGCUGAGUGAGGAUAUUUUGCUGCUUGACACGCAUGCUGAAGUGUUUGUUUGGGUUGGUCAGUCUGUAGACUCCAAAGAAAAGCAAAGUGCUUUUGAAAUUGGCCAGUAUUACAUAAACAUGGCUACAUCUCUGGAGGGAUUGUCUCCAAAAGUUCCAUUAUACAAAGUUACUGAAGGAAAUGAGCCAUGCUUCUUCACAACAUUCUUUUCAUGGGAUUCAACAAAAGCUGCUGUUCAAGGAAACUCAUUCCAGAAGAAGGUGGCAUUGCUCUUUGGAGCAAGUCAUGUUGCGGAGGAUAAGUCAAACACAAAUCAGGGAGGACCAACUCAAAGGGCUUCUGCCUUAGCUGCCUUAUCAUCUGCUUUUAAUCCGUCUUCUGGGAAAUCCAAUCCAGUAAAUUCUUUCUUCAUGCUACAAACCCAGGAUAGGUCCAAUGGUUCAAACCAAGGGGGACCCACUCAAAGAGCGACGGCAUUAGCUGCCUUAUCCUCAGCAUUUAAUUCGUCACCUGGAAGCAAAGGUUCUGCUUCAAAGCUCUCCAACGCAGGUCAGGGAUCACAAAGAGCAGCAGCAGUAGCGGCUCUUUCAUCAGUUCUUACUGCUGAAAAGAAGAGAUCACCUGAUGCCUCUCCUCCCCAAUCUAGCAGCCCUCCUUCAGAAACUAACCCUCCUUCUGAAUCUGCCCAGUCAGAAUCAGAUUCUCAAGAAGUUGCCGAGGUCAAGGAGGAUGAGGAAGUUCUGGCAGUAUCAGAAAGCAAUGGAGAGGAAGUGACUUCACAGGAUGAUAACGGAAGUGAAUCAGGUCUAAGUACAUUCAGUUAUAAUCAACUGAAGGCCAAAUCCAAAAAUCCAGUUACUGGAAUCGAUUUUAAACGAAGAGAGGCCUAUCUGUCAGAUGAGGAGUUCCAGAACGUGUUUGGGAUGGCAAAAGAAGACUUUUACAAGUUGCCAAAAUGGAAGCAAGACAUGCAGAAAAAGAAAGUUGAUUUAUUCUAGGUUGUUAAAAAAAUGAGUGAUUAAUCUGUUUCUUUUGCAUCCGAACUAAAAAGUUUGUGAGUUUUCUUGAUCAUCAGAUCUCUAUACAAAACUAGGAGAUGAGUGGAAUGCAUCACGUAGGUUUUUGCGGCAUGGAGUAGUAUUCAGGAUAUUUUGAUUGUGAAGAGUGAAUUUGUUUUCAAACGCCGCUGCCUUCUUGUAGUUUUAAAAGACGUGGGUUGAGUCCAAUUCUUUUAUUUUAUGUAUCUCAUUUUGUGGUUUAUUUGAAAAUUUUCUAUCUUUAAUUUGUCGUAUAUGUAAUGCAUUUGUACUUGAAGGAAUGAAAUUUGCUGUUGUCUGGUA